AAUGAGAGCCGAGGUGGAAGCGGCCGAGCAGAAAGACGUAAGCAGGCUAACUAUAGCUGCCCGGAGAGCGAGGGGGAUGUAACCUGUUCGGCUCAAGGCUGCGAGGUGCGUAAUCCCGAGCCGACCCAUUGUGGAGCCAGCCUUGCCACAGGUGAUUGGAUCUGUGACGGCAGCUUAGCCAGCUGGGCCAAUUCCAAAACAUUCUUAUUUUAAAGUCCCUUUGGACUUGGUGCCACCGGGGAGAAGCCAGAAGACCCUCUAAUGAAAAGUCUUUACUGGUGAUAAAUCGACGACCACAAUUUGCAAAGUGACUCCUCGGAUUACCUCCGUCUCCAGUGCUGGAUAGAAGGGAGCCAUGGUUUAUCCCUUACUCCUCUGCCUCCUGCUCGCUCAUCUGGGAUUGGGAGCUGUUGGCGCUAGCCGCGACCCUCCGGGACGGCCAGACUCCCCUCGAGAGAGGGCCCCGAGGGGGAAGCAGCACUCCCAGCAGCUGGCUCGAGCCUCAGCCCCGGACCCCUCGGCUCCCUGGAGCCGCUCCACCGACGGCAUCAUCUUGGCACAGAAACUUGCCGAGGAGGUGCCCACGGACGUGGCCUCUUACCUCUACACCGGGGACUCCCACCAGCUGAAGCGAACCAACUGUUCCAGCCGCUAUGAGUUGGCGGGUCUGCCAGGAAAGUCCCCCGCCCUAGCCAGCUCCUAUCCCUCCUUACACGGGGCGCUGGACACUCUGACGCACGCCACCAACUUCCUCAACAUGAUGCUACAGAGCAAUAAGUCUCGGGAGCAGAACUUGCAGGAUGACCUGGAGUGGUACCAGGCUCUGGUGCGGAGCCUCCUGGAGGGUGAGCCCAGCAUCUCCCGGGCAGCCAUCACCUUCAGCACCGAGUCGCUGUCCGCGCCCGCCCCGCAGGUCUUUCUCCAGGCCACCCGCGAGGAGAGUCGCAUCCUGCUCCAGGACCUGUCCUCCUCCGCCCACCACCUAGCCAACGCCACUCUAGAGAGCGAGUGGUUCCAUGGCCUUCGGCGCAAGUGGAGGCCCCAUUUGCACCGCCGUGGCUCCAACCAGGGGCCCCGGGGCCUGGGACACAACUGGCGGCGCAGGGACGGGCUCGGCGGGGACAGGAGCCACAUCAAGUGGUCCCCGCCUUAUCUGGAGUGCGAGAACGGGAGUUACAAGCCCGGGUGGCUGGUCACUCUCUCCGCUGCCUUCUAUGGGCUUCAGCCUAACCUGGUCCCGGAAUUCAGGGGUGUGAUGAAAGUUGAUAUAAAUCUUCAGAAAGUGGACAUUGACCAAUGUUCGAGUGAUGGCUGGUUUUCAGGAACUCAUAAAUGCCACCUUAACAACUCAGAGUGUAUGCCAAUUAAAGGCCUAGGAUUUGUUCUUGGAGCCUACCAGUGCGUUUGCAAAGCAGGAUUCUACCAUCCUCGGGUCUUCUCCGUGAACAACUUUCAGAGAAGGGGUCCAGAUCACCAUUUUUCAGGAAGCACAAGAGACGUGUCAGAAGAAGCCCAUGUCUGCCUGCCCUGCAAAGAAGGCUGCCGCUUCUGUGCCGAUGACAGUCCAUGCUUUGUCCAGGAGGAUAAGUAUUUGCGACUUGCCAUCAUCUCUUUCCAAGCAUUGUGUAUGCUGUUGGACUUCGUCAGCAUGCUGGUGGUCUACCACUUUCGCAAAGCAAAGAGCAUCAGGGCUUCCGGCCUCAUCCUGUUGGAAACAAUCCUCUUUGGGUCUCUGCUCCUAUACUUUCCGGUUGUUAUUUUGUACUUUGAGCCAAGUACAUCCGGCUGCAUUCUCCUGAGAUGGGUCCGUCUUCUCGGUUUCGCCACUGUUUAUGGAACGGUGACUCUCAAGCUUCACAGGGUUUUGAAGGUGUUUCUUUCACGAACAGCACAAAGAAUUCCAUACAUGACUGGUGGUCGGGUGAUGAGGAUGCUGGCCGUGAUACUCUUGGUAGUGUUUUGGUUUCUCGUUGGCUGGACUUCUUCUGUAUGCCAGAACUUGGAGAGGGAGAUUUUACUUGUUGGCCAGGGGCAAACAUCUGAUCACCUCACCUUCAACAUGUGCCUCAUUGACCGCUGGGAUUACAUGACAGCCGUUGCUGAAUUUCUAUUCCUCCUUUGGGGUGUUUAUCUCUGCUAUGCAGUGCGGACAGUCCCGUCAGCGUUCCACGAGCCACGCUAUAUGGCCGUUGCGGUCCACAACGAGCUCAUCAUCUCCGCCAUAUUCCACACAAUCAGAUUCGUGCUUGCCUCAAGACUGCAGUCUGACUGGAUACUGAUGCUGUAUUUUGCACACACUCAUUUGACUGUGACAGUCACCAUCGGGUUGCUUUUGAUUCCAAAGUUUUCCCAUUCAAGCAAUAAUCCCCGUGAUGACAUUGCCACAGAAGCGUAUGAAGACGAGCUGGACAUGGGGCGUUCUGGGUCCUACCUGAACAGCAGCAUCAAUUCAGCUUGGAGUGAGCACAGCCUGGAUCCGGAGGACAUUCGGGAUGAGCUGAAGAAACUAUAUGCCCAGUUAGAAAUAUACAAACGGAAGAAGAUGAUCACAAACAAUCCCCACCUCCAGAAAAAGCGGUGCUCCAAGAAAGGCCUGGGCAGGUCCAUCAUGAGGCGCAUCACCGAGAUCCCAGAAACGGUCAGCAGGCAGUGCUCCAAGGAGGACAAGGAAGGCGCAGAUCACAGUGCGCCCAAGGGCGCGGGCCUGGUCCGGAAGAACCCACCCGAGUCAGGGAAGCCCAAGGAGGAGUCCCUGAAACACCGAGUCUUCUCUCUCAAGAAAUCCCACAGCACAUACGACCACGUGAGGGACCAGAUGGAGGAAUCCCGCAGCCUGCCCGCCGCCAGCCAGGAGGAGGCCACCGAGAGCCCCACCCUGGAGUCUCUUUCCAGUAAGAAGUUGACGCAGAAGAUCAAAGAGGACAGUGAAACGGAAUCGACGGAGUCGGUGCCUCUGGUGUGCAAGUCCGCCAGCGCGCACAACCUCAGCUCCGAGAAGAAGCCCGGGCACCCGCGGACGUCCGUGCUGCAGAAGUCGCUGAGUGUCAUCGCAAGUGCCAAGGAGAAGACCCUGGGGCUGGCUGGGAAAACCCAGGCAUCGGGUGCGGAGGAGCGCCCCAAGCCCCAGAGACCUCUGCCCAAGGACAGACUGACCACCAGGAAGCACUCGAACUCAGAUAACACAGAGACGAAAGACUCCGUCCCCUCAAACUCCAACCACAUGGAGCCCAGCAAGCCUCACAAGUCCGGGAUUAUGAAACAGCAGCGGGUCAGCCUCCCCACUGCCAACUCUGACCUGAGCCCGGGCAGCACUCAGAUGAAGGACAACUUUGACAUCGGGGAAGUGUGCCCUUGGGAGGUUUAUGACCUGACCCCUGGUCCUGUGCCUUCCGAACCAAAAGCUCAAAAACACGUAUCAAUUGCAGCUUCUGAAGUGGAGAAAAACCCAGCUUUUUUCUCAAAGGAGAAGUCCCACCCCAAGCCUAAGGCGACUGAAGGGUGUCAGCAGCUCAGUCACAAGAGCGCAGAUAAGGCAGAAGUGGGCCCUUGGGAGAGCCAAGGGCCAUGCCUCUUUGAAGAUGAGAAUCACUUGAUGUCCAAGACUCCAGGUCUCCCUGGGAGUGCUGGACGAUUGGAAGAACUGCCCCCCAAAGUUGUAGCAUCAAAAUUAGAAAAUGAGAAUCUCAACCCAAUGGGAGACCAGGAUAAACAGACAUCUUCCUCUAUGGAGAUCCCAUCUGGCUCCUAUAACUCAAGUAAUAGUUGCCACCAACCCUUAACAUCCCGAGCUGAGGUCUGUCCUUGGGAGUUUGAGACCCCAGAUCAAACAAAUGUGGAAAGAAGUCUAGCUUUACCUGCCUCUUCUGCUUUGAGUGUGAAUAAGGUGGCCGGGCCUCAGAAGUAAGAGGUCUGGGACACCUGCCAACUGUAGCAUCCCCAGGGAGAACAAGAGGAACCCCUGGUUGGAUAGAAGAUGUGAGAAUCAAUAAUUGCCAAGGAAUAUUUGUCAUCCAGGGGAAUGUGGCACAUAGUGUGGUGGGAUCAAAGGCAUGGGUUGAAAAAAGCUGGAGGGUACUGUGUUGGAAGCCUGGCUCAGACAAGAAAUCAUUCCCUGUGGUAACACUAGGGAAAUCUUGAAGUUUGAGCACAUUCAAGGGAGAUUGCCCUGAUUAGUCUUUACCCAUGGGAUUUGAGAUCCCAGCAGGAAAAUCAGGAGAUGCGGAAGAUGAAGGCAUGAAUUUGGGCAAAGAAGGGAAGAGACUAGAUGCUUGAGACUGAAACUCUAAUAGCUGACUGAAGAGGAUCUAUCUAACCUUCGUAGCACUGCUCACCUAAUGCACCCCCAAAAUACCUUUUAUAUAAAUGAUGGCUCUCAUUUUCUUAAAAUGUUACGUCUCCCUACAUGGUUGUGUCUCAUAUGCAAGCAUUCCAGAUUGUAUGAUUUUUGCAAAUAACUUUGAUAUUACGUGACACAACACAUUUAUGCAAUCUGCAGCUACUCAAUUGCUAUUGCAACUUACCGAAUACAUGCUAUCUACCAACUGUAGUAGAUUCUUGGAGUACAGUAAGCUUUCUCUGGCUUAGGAAGCCAUAACUGUUAUGAUGAAAACUUUAAGUUUGGGCCAUGGUUUAUACAGUAUGAAUUUAGAUUUGACUUUAUUAUUUCCCAUCAUUGUCUGUUACACUGCCCUAAUCAUCUUUAAAUACAAGUUAUUUGUUUUGCACUUCUUGUAGGGAUCAGAGGCUAUUAAUCGUGGAGAUCAAGGGGUCCUGCUUAGUCAUUUGUGUCUGUAAGUUAAGGACAACUUACCAUUGUUUGUUCAAAGUCAAAGCUAGAUCAUCCCAAUUCACUGUUCCUUUUAACUUUGAGUAUUUCAUACUUAGUAUUUCCUAAGGAAGGAGCUGAGCGAGGACACGGUACUGUGCAUCAUCACCACUGGAAAGGGGCAACCCUAGGGGUGCUGUGGGAGUGACAGCAUGCUACAAGUCCAGGAAAUCUGCCUUUCAAAACAGAGACAGGAAGGUAACUCCGAAUAGCACUUUCAAGGGAUUAUUUUUAUAAAGAGAAAAAUUAAUGACAGCAUCAAGAUCACUGUAUGGAUAUAUUUUUAUUAUGCAUACUGAAAAUAUGAUAUUUUAAAUUACCUUAAACUAUUUAUUCUCAUAAAUUUUUAUUCACUACUUCACCUAGGUGUAGAGCCUGCUGGUCUCAAAUCCCAAAGAGAUUUUAUAAGCUGAUAUAUUCAAAGCCCAUGAAGUGGUAUGGGUUUUUCAUUCUUCCCAGUACCACAACUUACAAGUCCUGCAAAUUUUCAUUGCAAGACACCUAGCUCAAAAUGCAAAGUGCAAGAUUUAUUUGCAAGGCAAGACAGCCCUCAAAGUGUAUCUUAUAAAAUGCCCUGCCUUUCACACUGAUCUCCUAGUGUAACCACCCUCAGCUGCUCACUUUGCUAAUGAUGUGAUAUUGCAAUGAAAUUCCAAAGCUUAAUCUCAUUUUAUUUAAAGACGAAUCACAUGAAAUUAUAGCCCGUGCUUCCCUUUUCUUUCACUGCAAACACUGAACAAUCCACUCAUUAUUGGGCCAAGACAUUUCCAGCCAAAUAACGUUUUCAUUUUGUGAACAUCAGGGAGGACACACUAGGAGGAUGAAAGAUGAAGAGAAAGAAUUUCAGAAGGUAGACAUGGGGCUGUUCUUAUUAUUCUCAGUGGAAGAUAGAAACAGAAGUCUUUGUAUCUAUCAUCAAAGUUUUCUCAGUGAUUACUUAUUCAGGAGUGAGCAAGCAUGUGGACAGUUUGCAAAGCUAUGUCUAACCCCACCCCCACAUUUGCUUGCUUAGUACAUUACUCAGGUUGGUGGGGUAAGUUUGAAGCACUAUAGAAAUUUUAUUUUUAACUGCUGCCUUCAUUUAGUUUUUUCAUCCAUCUCUUUCAAUCAAAAUCUAUCUGCUAGGUGACCGUAGAAUGCCACUUUAAGGUAUAUUUAUGAAUUUAGUUUAGAGGUUCUAAACCUACAUACCUGUUUCGCUUGUGUGAGAUCUGUUAGCACUUGACUCACUUCUGAGAAUUAAAGUAGUCAAACGUUGCUGACUUUUACUGAAAUUCAGGAUGAUCCUGCUAGACAUGUGGCUUACAGAUUUGCCAAAUUAUAUCUUAGCAACAGUCUAUAGUCCAUAGAUUACUCUCCACCAGCACAAACCAGCAAGGAUGCUUAGGGUCUUUCCUAGAGUUUCAUUUCCAUUCUCUUAUCACUAGGAGAUGCUGAAAUCUGUAGGCUCAUUCUGGAGGCUCUGUUCCCAGGCUAAGAGCAAUGGAAAGUGCACAGACAUGGGUAAGGUCUCCACAAAUGUUUGCUAGGCUGUCCUUCUCAACGCAUGUGCAGGCUGCAUCCUGUCCUUGUUCUAAGCCAGGGUUAACAAUAAGUAGAUUUAUAUCCGUCUUAAUAGAACUGUAUAUUUUAUGCAAGAAUUAAAUGCUUUACAACAUGAAUUAUAACUCACCCAUUGUAAACUUCGGUGGCAACAUGGAAUUGAAACCCGACAGUUCUCGUUAUUUGCUUCCUAGGUUUCUGCAUGCAAGUGCCGGCAGGUAGGCCUGAGAACACACUGCCCUUUGACUUCUAGCAUUUAGCAACCGAGAGUUGUAGAAUCAACAAAGUUGUAAGUCUCUUCACUUAACCUGUGGUUCUUCUAAAACUAUUAUCUGAAAUCUACAGCAUCCCACCAUGAAAUAUUUGGUAAAUUUUUGUUGUGACGUGUUGCAGCAUGUAAAUAUCUAUAAGUUCUCUGCAAUAAAACAGAUUUAUAUGAAAAA